CGUGACGUCACACCUUCAUAUUCACCAGCGGGACCGGUUUCUGCAGUUUCUUCCUGAAAGACGGGUGAAAUUAUGGAUAAACAGGAUAACAACGCGUGUUCUCACCGGGUGCCGCUUUUUACAUUCGGGGUGAUAUCCGACGUCCAGUACGCAGACAUUAACGACGGGUCGGAUUACACCAAAACGCGGAGGCGGUUUUACCGGAACAGCCUCCAGCUGCUCCGGAACGCGAUGCGGAGCUGGUCGUCUGUUCGACCCGGGUUCAUCCUGCAGCUGGGGGACGUUAUCGACGGCUUCAACAAGCAGCACGGCGACUCUGAACGGGCUCUGGAGUCGGUACUGACGGAGCUGAGCUCCGGGGAGGCGGAAGUCCACCAUGUUUGGGGAAACCACGAGUUCUACAACUUCAACCGGCGUGAACUGAUGGGCUCGAAGCUCAACAGCGCCCCCCGCAGGGACGGCGGACUGCUCGCUCAGGAUAUUUACGCCUACACCUUCAGCCCCGCCCCCGGCUUCAUCUUUGUGGUGUUGGAUGCUUAUGACGUCAGCGUGUUGGGCCGAGAGGAGUCCAGCGAACAGCACAGAACCGCCCUGGAUUUAAUAAAACGCUACAACAGCAAUCAGGAUCUCAACUGUCCCCCGAUGUGUCUGGACCACACAAGAUACAGGAUGUUCAACGGCGGCUUCAGUAAGACUCAGCUGGACUGGCUGGAUGACCUUCUGUCCGCGGCUGAUGAGAAACAGGAAAGAGUCACAAUUGUUAGUCACAUCCCCGUGCACCCAAAGGCUGCCGACCCCAUGUGCCUCGCCUGGAACUACGACGAGCUCCUGACGGUACUGCGGCACCACCGCAGUGUGGUCUGCUUCUUGGCCGGACACGCCCAUGACGGCGAGUACUACUGGGACAAAGACACGAGAGUGCACCACCUGACUUUAGAUGCCGUCAUCGAGACGCCGCCGGACAGCAACGCCUUCGGCACCAUCUCCGCAUACGAGGACAGAAUGGGCCUGCAGGGAACCGGAAGGGUGUGCGAUCAAGUGUUCAUGUUUCCAAAAUCAGAUCUAAACCAAAGAUUAAAAAAAAAAACCUCAGAUUUAUAGAUUAGUGAUUGGAUACUUCACAUCUUAGAUAGUCCUUCUGAAAAUUGUACUUUAAAGGAGUAUUCUUCAGAUUGGGACAGUAUGUUUGAGAACGUCUCAGCAGUGGUGGUGGUGGGGGGGCUCACUGGUCAUCUAUAUAUUAAAAGCCAAGUGGCCUCUGUGUGUGCGUGUAUGUGUUUGUGUGUGUAAAAAACU